CCUCGUAGCAUUUAUUUAAAACCCUAACCCAAUCACACACGCUCUCAACGGUCCAAUUCCUGAACGGCUAAAUCCUCCCUCCUCCUCCUCCUCCUCCUCUUCUUCUUCUUCUCCUUCUCUCUCUAGCUUUGUCAACGUCAAUUUCAAAUCUGAGAUCUCAGCAACACCUUUUGCACAGCAACAGAUUAUUCAAUUCUCGGUUUCAAUUUCCUCGCACCGCUUUUCUCAGGACUAAAUUCUCAACAUGUCUAAGGUCCAGAACGAUCCGCUUUUGCAAGUGGAAACCACAUGUGGAUCUCUCUUAUACGAACUCCAGAUAAUAUGGGAUGAAGUUGGGGAACCUGAAACUGAGAGGGAUAAGAUGUUGCUGGAGCUUGAGCAAGAGUGUCUGGAAGUAUACAGAAGAAAGGUAGAUUAUGCAAAUCGCUGUAGAGCGCAACUACGGCAAGCAAUCGCUGAUUCUGAAGCAGAGCUUGCAGCUAUCUGCUCCGCAAUGGGAGAAAGACCAGUACAUAUCAGGCAGUCUGAUCAAAACCUUGGAAGCUUGAAGGAAGAGCUCAGAGCUAUAAUCCCACAGUUGGAGGAGAUGCAGAAGAGAAAAUUGGAGAGACGGAAUCAAUUUGUUGAAGUUCUAGAACAAAUCCGGAAGAUAUCAAAUGAGAUACAUAGAUCUUCUGAAUACCCUCCUACCAGCACAGCUGUCGAUGAGACUGACUUGUCUUCAAGAAAGCUGGAGGAGCUACAUAGAGAGCUCCAGGCACUUCAAAAAGAAAAGAGUGAUCGCCUGAAUCAUGUGCUGGACCUCCUGAAUACAUUGAAUUCACUGUGCUUGGUGCUUGGCAUAGAUUUCAAGCAAACAGUUACUGAGGUUCAUCCUAGUCUAGGUAACGAUUCUGAAGGAACGAAGAACAUGAGUGAUGAAACUAUUAAGCGGUUGACAGUUGCAAUACAAAGAUUGCGAGAGGUUAAAUUACAGAGGAUGCAGCGGCUCCAAGAUCUCGCAACUUCAAUGUUGGAGCUUUGGAAUCUUAUGGACACACCAAUCGAAGAGCAACAGAUGUUUCAGAAUGUUACCUGUAAUAUAGCUGCUUCAGAACAUGAAAUAACAGAACCCAACAUGCUUUCUGAAGAAUUCAUCAACUAUGUUGAGGCAGAAGUUUCUAGGCUGGAAGAGUUAAAAGCAAGCAAAAUGAAGGAGCUUGUUUUGAAGAAGAGAUUUGAACUGGAUGAGAUUUGUAGGAAGACACAUUUGGUGGCAGAAUCAGAUAGUGCAGUGGAAAUUGCUAUUGCAGCAAUUGAAUCAGGAGCUGUUGACCCUGCUUGUGUUCUUGAACAAAUCGAGGUUCAAAUUGCAAAAGUGAAAGAGGAAGCAUUCAGCAGGAAAGAAAUUCUCGAAAAGGUUGAGAAGUGGUUGGCUGCAUGUGAGGAGGAAUGCUGGCUAGAGGAGUAUAACAGGGAUGAAAACCGAUACAAUGUUGGAAGAGGGGGUCAUCUUAUUUUGAAACGUGCUGAGAAAGCUCGUGUUUUGGUCAAUAAACUUCCAGGAAUGGUUGAGGCAUUGGCUUCAAAAACCACAGCAUGGGAGAAUGAGAGAGGCAUUGAGUUCAUUUAUGAUGGUAUUCGUCUUCUUUCAAUGCUUGAAGAGUAUACUAUUUUACGGCAGGAGAAAGAGCAAGAGCUCAAGAGGCAGAGGGACCAGAAGAAACUUCAAGGGCAAUUAAUAGCAGAACAGGAGGCACUUUUUGGUUCAAAACCUAGUCCAAUGAAGCUCCAGAAUGGAAAAAAGGGUCCGAGAUUGUCAACUGGUGGAGCAAGCAAUAGAAGGCUUUCUGUUGGAGGAACCAUGAUGCAAACUCCUAAAGCUAAUCCUAUUAUCCCCAUAAAAGCUACUCCUAAUACACGUCAAGCCAAGAAGAGUGAUCGCUUGCAUCCAAUUGACCAAAUAAAUCACCACCGAGAUGAUGCAUUUGCAGCUUUAGCAGCUGUAAAUGUUCGUGAAGUAGACUCACCUAUGAAGAGGAAGCCCUUCUCGCCCAUCUCUUCUACAGAAUCAUCCAAGUCCAAUGCAACAAAUUUGAUAAUGGAAGAUUUGAACCGGAAGCAGAAUGAGAUGGCACAGAAAACACUAAGGAACAACACACAGUUUGCUACUCCAAAGAAAAUAUAUGCUGCAGAGGAAGAGAAUUGGACUCCUAAAGCAAUGCCAAUUCCUGUGCCCCCCACACCUGCAACAGUGUCUGUUCCAAUGCAAACGGCAAUGACCCCAGCUCCAUUUAGUGGUAACCGAGUUGAUGAGAUUCCUGAAGAGAUUGAAUACUCGUUUGAAGAAAUAAGAUUUGGUUUCGUCCUUCCUAGAACCAAUCUUAAGGAAGUAAUACAAGUCUGAUGUGUCAACUACUUUAGGCGAACUUGAAUUUCAUAUGGUCAUCUCGUGAUAUUGUAUUCUUUUGGUUCCCUCUCCGGAUUGUGAUUUAGAAGUCGAUUCUAGUUGGCUUCCCUGUAACGUGUACAUAGUCUACGAGAGAGUGGACUUAAGAUGUUGAAAUUGUCAUGUUCUUAUUAGUGUGACUUCCUCUUUUAACUUUUAA